AUGGAGUUUUUUGAAAGACCUGAAGCUCAGUUUAUGAUUGGUGUGGCAGUUGCUAUUGCCGCUGCCGGUGUUGCUGCCUACUAUUAUUCUUACAAGAAACCCAAAGUCUGCUUGGAUCCUGAAAAGUUCAAGGAAUUUAAGCUUGUGAAGCGCACACAACUAAGCCAUAAUGUUGCAAAGUUCAGAUUUGAACUCCCCACACCUACGUCUGUAUUGGGCCUACCCAUUGGACAACACAUUAGUUGCAGGGGUAAGGAUAGUCAAGGUGAAGAGGUUGUUAAACCAUACACGCCAACUACUUUGGACUCAGAUGUUGGAUAUUUUGAAUUAGUUAUUAAGAUGUAUCCUCAAGGAAGGAUGUCUCAUCAUUUCCGAGAAAUGCGUGAGGCUGAUUAUUUGGCUGUCAAGGGACCUAAGUUGAUGUUCUGCCUUAUUUUUGGCCGCUUUAAGUACCAGCCUGGUCAAGUGAGAGCAUUUGGAAUGCUUGCUGGAGGCUCUGGCAUUACCCCAAUGUUCCAGGUUGCUAGAGCUAUUCUCGAAAAUCCAAAGGACAAGACAAUGGUGCACUUGAUAUAUGCUAAUGUUACCUAUGAAGACAUUCUUUUAAAGGAAGAGUUGGAUGGCCUUGUCGCUAACUAUCCUGACCGUUUCAAAAUUUUUUACGUACUGAAUCAGCCUCCUGAAGUAUGGAGCGGUGGUGUUGGAUUUGUGUCCAAGGAAAUGAUUCAGACCCAUUGCCCUGCCCCAGCACCUGACAUUCAGAUACUGAGGUGUGGACCACCCCCAAUGAACAAGGCUGUGGCUGGUCAUCUUGAAGCCCUUGAAUACACGCCACAGAUGCAAUUCCAAUUUUAACUUCCUUUUCUUUUUGGCAUUUUUCUUAUUUUUUAUCCCCGCAUUGAUACGAAACUCCGGUGCUCCAUUGAGAAUUCUGUCUUUUAUAGCUGGGGAAAGUCACUUAUUAUUUGCGGAUGCUGGAUUAUUAGGGCUGUUUAACAGAGUUUGGGGCGAAACAGCUGUAAAUUCUAAACCUUGCUCUCAGAGUUUUAAUAAUGCGCCUUCCCUGAUUAUGGAGUGGCGCUGUUCCAGGAUUGCCUUCAUUUUUGAAGUCUACCUUUACCAAAAUAAAAAUAAGCUUUAUGCAACAUCAUAUUGAGGUAGCCUUUUUUUUUCCUUUUCCUUUUUCAGAUCAUGAAUUGGUCUUCGUGACAGUGCAUGUAUGAUGUAUUACAUACCAUG